GUCAAUUUAAAGUCAUCGUUGACAUUUUUAGAUUCUACAUUUACUACUAGACAUUUCUCAUUACGUAAAGUUAAAAAGUUUUAUCCUUCGUAAGUCCCCCCAAAAAUCAAAUCAAGAUGAUGAAGGGAAUGACUUGGAAGAGCCUUAUGCACCAUAAGCCUCUCAUUCCUCUAUAUAUUUGUGUUGGUGCUGGUUGUUUUGGAGCAGCGUUCUACACAUUACGUUUAGCUUUGAGGAACCCUGAUGUACAAUGGAUUAACAGAGGAGAAAUUUCCAACGAGGAGUUCAGAGCCAAACAAUAUAAGUUCUAUUCCCCAAAUGUUGAUUAUUCUAAGCUUGAAAGUCCAGCCCCGAAAUACUAAAUAAUUAGUAUUAUGUAGCAAUCCUUAGAUUAAUGUAAUGUACUAUUUCGAUAUAAUAUAUCAAUAAACUUGUUUCAAGUU